GGCUGUGCCGCGGGGAUGUCGCAGGCUCCGCCGGGCGCGGGGCACCUCAAUGACCUGCCCGACCACUCUCCGCGGGUGCGCGGCGCCGUGUCCGAGCUGCGGCGGCGGGCCGAGGCAGAGCCCGGCCAGCGCUGGCCGCAGCCCCUCUCCGAUGCCUUCCUGGUGCGGUUCCUGCGCGCCCGAGACUUCCACCUGGACCUGGCCUGGAGGUUAUUGAAGAAUUAUCAGAAAUGGAGAAUUGAAUGCCCAGAAAUAAGUGCAGAUUUACAACCAUCUUCUGUUCUUGGUCUUUUGCAAGCUGGCUAUCACGGAGUCCUGAGGUCAAGAGACCCACAUGGAAGCAAAGUUCUAAUAUACAGAAUUGGACAAUGGGAUCCCAGUUUAUUCACAGCAUAUGAUGUGUUUCGUGUAAGUCUCAUCACAUCUGAGCUCAUUGUAAAGGAGAUCGAGACUCAGCGAAAUGGAGUCAAGGCCAUCUUUGACCUUCAGGGGUGGAGAUUUGCUCAUGCUUUUCAAAUCAGCCCAGCAGUGGCCAAAAAAAUUGCUGCUGUUCUCACAGAUUCCUUUCCACUGAAAGUUCGAGGUAUCCACUUGAUUAAUGAGCCUUUAUUCUUCCACCCAGUCUUUGCUCUAAUUAAGCCUUUUCUCACUGAAAAAAUAAAGCAGCGGGUGUACAUGCAUGGAAAUAACUACUUGCAGAGUCUGACCGAACACUUCCCCAUCAGCAUUCUGCCACAGGAAUAUGGGGGGGAGGAAGUCUGCAUUGAAGAGCUGGCCAAGGAAUGGACUGACUUCAUAAUGGCAUCUUCAGAUUAUCUUCAGAGCAUUUCUCUGGUUGCCUAGGAAUAACCUUAAUACAGUAUUUUAUCAGUUCUUGAACGCUGGAAUUGGAAAUAAGUUUAAUAUGAAAAUUUCCAUUGUGAAUGAAACUAGUAUGUCUUUGCAGGGCACUCACUGAAUGUUAUAUUGGCUGCACUUUUGUACUAACUGGAGUCUAUCAGUUUGUAUGUCUGAAGAGAUUAAUGAAUUUUACGUGUUUGUCACACUGUUUGUUAUUGAGUAACUUGUAUGCCCGAAAGGUGAAGAGUGUGUUGGAUAUCAUCGAUACUGCUGCUGUUAGCUCUUUGGAGACAACUCAUCUGUAAUAAUGUAGUCCAGAACCUUACACUUAGCUCUUGUAUCUUGGCUUGUCAAGACAAUACAAAGCAAAGAAUAGACUGCGAAUAGGGUAGUUUGUUGCAGAAAUAAGACUACAGGGCUAAUUUACAAGGACUGAAGAGGCUGCUUUUGGGAUUGAUUCUCAGGGAAAAAAUGCUGUUUUGUUAGUUUGUAUCAGAUUGAAAAUUAGUCAGCAAUUGUGAGACAUUUGUGUUACUCUUUGUGCUGCUUGUGCAGCUUCCCUUUUUUGUCCUAAUUCACAGAGUAAUCUUCAAGUUUUAUAGAAAAACACCACGCAUGUAUUCUUCAAAGGACAGUAUGAAU